UUGUAAGCCACCUAUAGAAGCCAACUUAUCCGCUAGAUGGCAAGCAGUUGACAUAAAGGUUAGAUCAUAUCUCGCAGGCGAUGGAAAUCAUCGUGUUUCCAUAUUUAUUACUGAUUGCUAAUAAGCCCUAGCUCUUCUCCAACCCUUUCCAAGCUUCAAGCUUAACUUUUAUUCUACAAUAACCUUAGUAUCUAUCACCUAUUAAACUGUGACUCGCCAAUAUGUCGAAACGUGUCUAUUUUGCCGUUGAAGGACGUGUCCAAGGUGUUGGUUUCCGGUAUUUUACUCAAAAGAAGGCCCAAGAGUACGGAGUGACGGGAUGGUGUCGAAACACGAAGGAUGAAAAAGUCGAGGGCGAGGCUCAAGCCAGUGAAGAAAUUCUAUCCAAAUUCUUCAAGGAUGUAGACAAUGGCCCAAGGUCUGCUCGCGUGGUUAGAGUUUCCCAAGAAGACCGGCAAAUUAUCGAGGACGAGAAUGACUUUGUUGUUACUCGUUGAGAAUUGGUAGUAACGAGACAUGAUACAAAACCUAUGUAACAAAAUCAUGAUAAACGUCCAAUACUUGAAUCAGUUUGUUCUUCUAUAACCUGUGUUUCCAGAUAGGAAUGCCGGAAUAUCAUCUACUCGUAUAUACGAUCAGAGCGUGGACAGAAAGGGGUUUCAUCAAGACGAACAUCACAUGUUACCAUGCCUUGAUUGUCU